GAAGGAAAAGUUUGUUGCAGUGAACAAAAAUCAGACUAAAAUGAGUUUACAACCACCAAAUUAUACUUUAUUGGAUGCUGAUAAAAGGAAAGAAAUGUUGACUCUUUUUACUGGAGAAAGAACCGGGUGGGUGCAAGUUGGAGAGAAGAAGUGGUUUUUCCCCUAUACAUACACAGAAGAACGGGAAGAAUUACACAAUUUUAAAGCUAAACCCUCGGACACUUGGGUAAUUUCUCAUCCACGGUCAGGGACGACUGUAACGCUAGAAAUCGUUUGGCUUCUAAGUAAUAAUCUAGAUUUCGAUCGAGCGAGGAAGAAGAGACUUUCUGAGAGAUUUCCAUUUUAUGAGGUGAAUUGGCUUAAUUGUCCCGAAGUAAUAGACGAACUUAUCAAAAAGAAUGAAGAAAACGUAGAGUUUUUUACAUCUCUACUGAUACCUGGCAAUAAAAUUUUAGAGGCUGUACAAUGCCCAAGGUUCAUUAAAUCACAUAUUCCUCUUAGCCUGAGGCCAGGUAUCUUGGAUUCUGGCUGUAAGAUCAUUUAUGUGGCGAGAAAUCCAAAAGACGUAGCGGUUUCUUGGUAUAAAAUACAUAAAUCUGUAGUAGGUUUUGGAUAUGUUGGUGACUUUCCGACAUUUUGGAAUUAUUUCAAAAAUGAUCUCACUGUAUGGAGUCCAUAUUGGGAACAUGUUAAAGAGGCGUGGACUCAAAGAAAUCACCCUAAUCUAUUAUUCAUAUUUUACGAAGAAUUGCGAUCCGAUUUGCUUUCUGCAGUUAAAAUGGUGGCGAGUUUCUUGGGAAAAAAUUACAGUGAAAAUCAGUUAACUGAGUUGUUGGAUUACGUAAAUAUAGAUAAUUUCCGAAAAAAUCCAAUGGUAAAUUUCAGUGAGCUAUAUGACUAUGGAAUAUCUUCGUGCAGUCAAUUUUUCAUCGGAAAGGGGCAGACUGGCAACUGGAAGGAAUUCUUCAGUGCAGAAAUGGAAAAAGAAGCUGAUGAAUGGAUUACCAAAAAUUUAAAAGAUACCGAUCUUGUGUUCCCCAUAAUCAACACGAAAGACAAUUGCCGUUAAUUGGAUUUAGAUUUGGAAAAAUUGAAUCCCUUUCCCAAUUUUGAAGAUUUUUAUAGGUUUUUUUUUUUGAAAUCAUCCGUUUUAGCAAAUUAUAUUCUGCGUACACUUUAUCCCAAUUAAUUACUGAAAUGAAUUUUAAUCACUGUCAUGAUAUAUAAUUUUAAAUUGGCAAUUCUGAUUACAAGUGAUUGCAGGUGAUUGUGUAGUGAUAUUCAUAAAACAAUAUUGCAAUUUCAUUCUGAAUACGGCUCUCAAAUUCAUUCACUUCUUAAUUAAUUUUAAAUGGAUUUUGAAUCACCCAUGGAUUACUUAAGUACCAGCCUUUCCUAAAAAUUGGUUUGAGAGUUCAAAUAGGGACAAAAAUACAAGAAAAAUUGUAUAGCUGAAGCGGUAACAUUUAUUCUUGAUGUCGCUACAAAUGUUAGAAAUGAAACAAGGAUUUUGACCAAAUGUUUUGAGCAGGGAUUUACAGCAGAAUUUAUGAAACAUUAGUAGCAGAAUUAGUUUUUAAACUUUUGUAGGGUUUUGAUUUUUGGAUUAAAACUUAUUUCAUAUCCUCGAAUUUCUUACUAUCCAAAAAUGUUGAAUUGUAAUUUCGAUUUGUUAUGACAUCUGAAAUUUCUGACGUCAUACAGAUAAUUUAAAGGUAUACAGAUCCUUGAAGGAGGACUCUUCUUUCAAAGCACCCCGAAAUCUGAGAGGCAAGGAGGCUUAUAUAAAAAAUCUCCCCAAAAUGUACAAAAUUAAUGGCAAGAAACACUUUAAAAUUUGAGAGGCACGCGGGCUCUUUAAAAAGAAUUUUCAAAUGCAAAAGGCGAGAAGAACCAUAGAUAGCAAUCGUUUAUUAUUUCGUGGGUACUCUAUUUCUAUUUCAGCAGGACCUUUUUGGAACGUAAAUCUGAAUUAAAAAUAAAAUGGAAUAUUUAUAGUAAUUUUUUCUGGUAAUCAUUUCAACCAUAGAAAUUAAACGGGACUUUGCCGGUACUUUUGUCUUAAAAAGGUCAUGCUAAAAUAGAGGACUUAUUUUGAUCUUUUCGGGCACUUAAGCUCUAUUUCAGUGUGAACUUUUUGGAACAGAAAUGCUAUAAGUACUUGUCAGAAUUUCAAAUGAAAAUAAAAUACAAUUUUUCUGGUACUAUUCUUCCUAUUUGGUCUUCUAUAAUCUUUAAAGAAGAGUUGUUAAAUAAUAUCACCAAACUG